AUGAUCAACUUGUUCAAGAAAAACAUUCACUCCUUUCUCAGCUUCACCACAACUGACACGUGUCAUGACCCCCACCCCCACCACUUUUCCAUUUCGGGCCUGGGCCUCGUCACCGCCACCACCAACGUGGACCGCCCUCCCAAUGUUCUGGAAUCGGCCAUGUUAAGGCCCAGUGGGACCAACACUCCUCCUCCGUCCACAUCAUCACCAACCGGCGAAAAGAGAGUCAUUGGGUUCGCCGAUGACGUUGGUGUCGACGGGUUGAAGUCUUGCACCGAAAGUUUAGGGUUUGAGAGUUCUGACGAAAUUCACAGCAAGAACAAUGGUGGAGGUGACGACGACGACGAUGAUGAUGAGAUUUGGCGAAGGAGGAUGAUGAGAGCGGAAGGAAGAGGAAAUUGGAAGAAGGUGCGGUCGUUUCCGCCGCCGCUUCCGUCGUUGAAUCGUAACGGUAAACCGAGUUUUUAUCUCCGGCCGGUGAGGAAAGACGGAAGGUUGGAACUGACCGAAGUGAGAAUAGAGCAAUCGGAGAUUCUGCAUGCUUCGCGACAUAACGGACGGUUAACGUUGCGUCUGAUUCCAGAUUACGAGAGCGUUGUAGAAGAUGAGGAAGAUGAAGUUGAAGUUGAAGAAGAAGAAGAAGUUGAAGAGUGGGUUGGGGAGUGGAGGUUCCGUGCAGAAGGUUUAAGGAAGUGUCAUGAAAUGGUGAACCAUCAUCAUAAUCAUAGUCGUCGUCAUCAUCAUCAUGUUCAUGGGAACCUGAGGAUGUGUGAAAUCGGCAUUGUGUGACAUUAUUAGGGGGACACGUGGCGAGUGAGUGUUGAUUUGGGACAUGAGAGUGAGUGAAUGAUUCGACGUUGGAAAAUUGUGCCCUUUUCGAGUGUUUGUGAGAUGUGAAUUUGUUUUUGUUCCGCUGCCAAUUUUGGCUGAACAGAAAAGAGACGCUGCACGGAGCAUGCGGUGUUGGAAA